AUGCUGGUGCUCGCGCCGUCCAGCCGCCUGCUGUGGCUCACGAUACCUACCACGUCCAUCCCGAAGAAGAUCCUCAUGCUCAUACCCGUGCCGCCGCGCCGCCUGGAGUGGCCAGCGUGGCACGGCCACACCGUCCCGACGAAGCUCUUCAUGAUGAUGCUCGGGCUGUCCUGCCGCCGGGUGUGGCUGCCGACGCUCGUCACGAUGAAGAUCGACAUGCCUGGGCUGAAGCUCUGCAUGCUGAUGCACGUGCCGUCCCGCCGCCUGGAGCUGACGCUCGCCACGAUGAAGAUCGACAUUGCUGGGCUGUCCCUGGUGCACCGUGUCUUCGUCGAGCCGACCUGCUACAACUUCGCUGCUGCAGCACGGCCCUGGCUGCACCGGCGGAGGAGCUGGUGGACCCUGAAGGAGACCUGCAUGACGCUGCACGCGCCGCCCCGCCGCCUGGAGUGGCUGACGCUGUUUCCCACGACCUUCCUGGAUCGCUCCUGCCACCCAUUCCUGCUUUCCCAGCUCUCCAGAAUGUUCCUCACGAUGUACAUUCCGCCGCUCUCCGCGUGUCUGGUCCUGUGCCCACAGUAG